CUGGCCCCACUACAUUGCCAACCCCAACUAGUUAGUUUUUCGUUCGCUAUUGCAUUAUUUCGGGUUUCGAUUUGAGGGUUUAAAUUCUCGCAUUCAUCACAUUUUCUCCUCAAUUUUCCAUUCUCAUUUCGAUUCCUCUUCCACAUUCCAAUCUUGGUUGAAUUUUGGAAUUGGGAAGAACUGGUGAAAAUGGGAAACAAGAUGAAUGUGGGGUUGUUGUGUUUAUGUGUGUGGACCUUCUUGUUUUGUUUUGUUUCUUGUGAGGCAAAUGAAGGGUUGCGUAGGAUUGGUUUGAAAAAGGUGAAAUUGGGACCCAAGAAUUUGUUGGUGUUGAAAGGUGGUGAAGGUUCAUUGUCUAAAAAUAUUCUUGAAGGAGCUGAGGAAUUCGAUGUUGUUACAUUGAAGAAUUAUUUGGAUGCUCAGUACUAUGGGGAGAUUUCCAUUGGUACUCCUCCUCAGAAGUUUACUGUGAUUUUUGAUACUGGUAGCUCUAAUACUUGGGUUCCUUCGGUUAAAUGUUAUUUCUCGCUUGCAUGUUUAUUCCAUGCUAAGUACAAGUCUAGCCAAUCAAGUACUUACAAGCCAAAUGGGACUUCUGCUGCAAUUCAAUAUGGUACUGGAGCAAUUUCUGGCUUCUUUAGCUAUGAUAAUAUAAAAGUUGGUGAUAUAGUUGUAAAAAACCAGGAAUUUAUUGAAACAACCAGAGAACCUGGUAUUACAUUUGUGGCGGCUAAGUUUGAUGGUUUGCUUGGACUUGGAUUUCAAGAGAUAUCAGUUGGAAAUUCUGUCCCAAUAUGGUACAACAUGGUUGGACAAGGUCUUGUUAAGGAUCCUGUAUUUUCAUUUUGGCUCAAUCGUAACCCCAAAGAAGAGGAAGGAGGUGAGAUUGUUUUUGGUGGUGUUGAUCCUGCUCACUUCAAGGGCAAACAUACUUACGUGCCUGUGACACGAAAAGGAUAUUGGCAGUUUGACAUGGGAGAUGUGCUUAUUGAUGGAAAACCCACAGGAUCUUGUGCUAAAGACUGUUCGGCAAUUGCAGACUCAGGGACGUCUUUGUUGGCAGGUCCAACGACUGUAGUUACUAUGAUAAAUCAAGCUAUUGGAGCAUCUGGAGUUUACAGUCAACAAUGCAGGAACGUUGUUGAUCAAUAUGGACAAACAAUUUUGCAAUUGCUCUUGGCUGAAACACAGCCAAAGAAGAUAUGCUCCCAAAUUGGGUUGUGCACAUUUGAUGGGACUCAUGGUGUUAGUAUGGGUAUCCAGAGUGUGGUGCCACAGACUGAUAGAAUAUCAUCUGGUGGUCAACAAGAUGCUACAUGCUCUGUAUGCGAAAUGGCCAUCGUUUGGAUGCAAAGCCAGCUGAAGCAGAAUCAAACAGAAGAGCAGAUAAUAAACUACGCCAACUCGCUUUGUGAUAAAAUGCCUAACCCUAUGGGACAAUCAUCUGUUGAUUGUGCAAAGAUCCCUUCCAUGCCUAAUGUUUCCUUCACCAUUGGUGGAAAAACGUUUGACCUUGCCCCACAAGAGUACAUACUGAAGGUGGGUGAAGGUCUUCAAGCCCAAUGCAUUAGUGGCUUUACUGCUUUGGAUGUUCCUCCUCCACGUGGCCCACUCUGGAUCCUCGGAGAUAUCUUCAUGGGGCGCUAUCAUACCGUCUUUGAUUAUGGUAAACUCAGGGUUGGAUUUGCCGAAGCAGCAUAAAGAAUCUGCUCAUACCUCUCGCAGUAUGCAUCCUUUAUUUGCUAGUCCUAUUUUUCUCUUCAAAAAUCAGUAAAAUGGAACAAAAAAUAUCAAGGAAAAGAACAACCUCAGUAUUAUUUGGCAACAGUUAUUCGAAAAUAUUUUGUAUAACUUUGCAUUCAAAAUGGUCCUAAAAUUGUGGUUGUGUAUAUAUAUAUAUUGGUUUUAAUAUUCUCGCA